GUACUUGUUCCUUUUUUGUUUGCCAGAUUAGUAUAAAAUACCCCUUGUUGCAAGGUAAAUGCAAUCCGUAUUGGUGACGUUUCAAUCUAAAGAUGAAGCUACUCCUCCUAGGAUCUUUGACAGUGUUGCUGGUCUGGUCAUCCUUGGCCUUACCAACAGAUGACGAGACUGACCAAGAGAUUGACCAAGAGAUUUUAGAUGCCGCUACUCGUGCAACGAACGAGCUACAGGACGGUGGGAAAGCCGACGAAGAAGACGAUAAGGAAGACGAAUGUUUGAAAGCAUGUGCUGAUAAAGAGGGCGAGGAAAAGGAAUAUUGUAUUGCGGUCUGUUUGGUUGAGGAUGAUAAAGGCUUGGGACAACGGACAAUUGAGAAACAGCGCAAACGAGGGUGGAUACGAAUGCGGAGGAUACGAAUUAGAUUGCCAGAUGUGAUAAAGAUUGCUGGUAUCGUUGCUGGUGUAGCCGGCCGCUAGUCAGAUCGCUAGACAGAAAACACGCUGUACGAUCAAAUUGAAGCAAGAAAAAAUGAUUUGCGAAUAUCAAGAUUAACUGAGUGUAUUAAUGUUUUAGGACUUGUAAACCCAAAUAUGUCAAGAAUUAAAAUAACGAGGAAAAUACCAUCAACUUUUUUGAACUACACUGUCUUACUAUGCAUUUGUUUUAAAAUUCUAAUAAAAAAGAUGUACGAUAUAA